AUGAUUUUGGCCCGAUCCUUUUGCCAGCGACAACGACUCGGCGGCUUCAGAAAAAAGGAGGAUGAUGAGUUGCGUACGCAACACUAUGUGAGCAUGCCAAAAUCAAAAUUGAGACAACAAAACGACAAGCUUGUGACCGACAAGAAGUAUUCGGGAAAAGUUGCUUCUAGAAGUGAGUUAUUUGAAAGCAUGGGUGAUGCAAGUCAGGACGAAAGUGGGGAUGAGAGUCAAGAUGAGAGUCAAGAUGAGAGCCAAGAUGAGAGCCAAGACGAGAGUCAAGAUGAAAGUGAAGAUGAAAGUCAGAGCAUCAGUGAAGGCGAAGCUCAGGAAGAACAACAAGAAGGAAAUGAAAGCGAUUCGGGAGUCUCUAUUGAUGGACUCAGUGAUAGUGAUGAACAAAGCGAACAGAGCGAAAGUGAAGAGAGCGAAAGCGAGGAAGAAGUGGAUGCGGAGGCGAAAAGAAACAAAAUCAAAGAUAUGAUCAUGAAAGAAAGAAAACAUAUUGUGAGUCGUCUUUCCGAAGCCGUUACCCUGGACGCUCUCAAGGGUUAUGCCAUUGUCAACCAGCACAAAAUGGGAGAUGCGCUUAUAGACUCGAGAUUGAAAGUGCAAAAGGCAUUAACCAACACUAACUUACUUCCUGUUAAUGCUCAAACUGUGGCUGCCGAAAACUUACUGACUAAACACAGCCACCUAAGUACUUACAAAAGGCCACUUCUGCAUGUUAUGACUUACUCGAUGCCAUACUUGACUUGA